AUGGAGUUGGGACCGCGAGACAUGUCGCCUGAACGACUCGAGUUCAUUGCGAAAGUCUAUGGCCUACUUGGUACUAUGCUUAGUGCCACCUUCAUCAUAGUCUACUUUUUCUUGAUUCCUCGUAUCACCCCUCGGCGUUACCCAUGGACGUUCUCGUUGCUACCACCAUUACGGCGGCGUGAGAUGUCUAAAGAGCUACAAACAGCAGCUGACGAGGAUGGCGUGUGUCGGAUAUGCCAAGAGAAGGGUCAGAAGGAUGAUCUUGGAGUCUUCUGCGAAUGCAGAGGUAGUUUGGCGCUGUGUCACCAGACGUGUUUAGAAAAGUGGAGAUUUGCCUCCCGUGCAUGCGACCACUGCGAGAUUUGCCUGGCUGCAUAUUCGGUGGAGGAUGACUCAAAUCAACUUCUGCUGCUUUUGCGCCGUGUGCGCACUUGGCUAGCGCAGCAAGACAAUCAAUCUACGAUUCACCGUUUUUUCCUCUACGGCGCCACCGCCGCCUGUGUUUGGGCCUGGCUUUGGACUUCACGUGAAUGUGAUGGGAAAACUCCUAAACUCUCUGAGAUGCUGUCCAGCUGCACAUCGGAUGCCUCGUUCUCUGGGUGGCUGCGUGCCACGGUGGGUGCUGCUGGCAUUGGGCUGCUGGUGCGCGGUGUCACCUUCUGGCUUCAUCUUCUGCGCUGA